AUGUCGCAAGAAAAUCAGUCACCUAAUCCAAGAGAAUCUACAACCGUCAGGCAAAGUGAACCUGGCUUUCCAUUUCAUGAACAGAGUGGAGACCAACGACUUACACCCUCAGCACGGGGAUCGAUUCCGGAAACACCAGGUGCCAGUCAUCGUCCAUAUCGAUCUCGUCCAACUUCUUCUAAUGCUAGUGCAAGCUCACCUCCAAAAUUAAGCAGGCGCAAAUCUUCAUUUAUACCUUCUGAAGAAUCCGACGAUUCUGACGAGUAUUCCGAUGAUUCUAAGAAUUCUAAAAAACGGGUUAAGAGAAAGGGCUUAAAAAAAAGGUUAUCGUAUAGAAGGAAAUCGGAGGAUAUCAUAGACAAUAAUAACGAAGAGGAUACUGGUAACGACGAUGGAAACAAUGAUCAAAAUGAUUCUGAGAGUGAUCGUGAAUUUACGAUCAAGGACAGACAAGAGGUAAUCAAUACUAUGCAUCCAUUCGGUAUGCCAAUAUGGAAGUCCGCCUUAUAUAAAAAAUCUCGAUCCGUAAUCCGAGAUGCUAAUUCCGCCUUACAUUCGACACCAACGACGGAAUUAUAUCUGUAUCCCGGAAAUAUACUAUGGGCCAUAUUGUUUGGGUGGGAGUUAGCACUUGUUUCAUUUAUAGUUUCAUUGUUUUUGUCUAUAACACCAUGUGGUGGCGAGAGAUAUGCGCUUGUUUUAAGAGAAUUAAGUUACUACAUAUUUUGGCCUUUCGGUAAAUACGUUGAAAAAAUUGACGAAUGGUCUGAAGAAAAUGAUGAGCACAGCGUUAUACCUCUUUCUUAUUUUAUUGGGAUGGCAGUAGCUUCUAUUUCUGCACAAUCCUCAGCUGGUCUUGGUGCUGUAGUCAAUGCCACUUUUGGUAGUAUUAUAGAAAUCAUUUUAUAUUCAAUUGCAUUGACUCUAGGAGAAGGUAAACUUGCUGAAGGCAGUAUUAUUGGGAGUUUAUUGUGUGGUGUACUCCUUCUGCCUGGUUUUAGUAUGAUUAGUGGAGGAUUAAAACGCAAAGAGCAAAAAUUUAAUGCUAAGAGCGCAGGUGUAACCUCAACAAUGCUUAUUAUGGCGAUUAUUGGAGCUCUUACACCUACACUAUUUUAUCAGACUUUUGCUCCGUAUCGAAUGACUUGCAAAAAUGUAACCUGUGUGGAUAUUCAGGCAUCCUAUUGUCAAGUUUGCCAGCAUAUUCAAGUCGAUCCUAUAGAAACGCCUUUAUAUCGUCAAUACGUUAAGCCGUUGAUGUAUUUCUGUUCAACGAUUUUGGUCCUGUCAUAUGCCAUUGGUCUAUGGUUCACCUUAAACACUCAUGCUGCUUUAGUGUGGCAAUCCAGCCAUCAAACGCCAGAACCUGAACAAUCCAUCUACAGACGACUUGUUCCCCUUCAUAUAUUACAGCAAUUACUGCCACACCAUUCAACACAAGAUAGUCCAGUUGGCACUACACAUUCAGCUCGUCCCACGUCAGCACCUGACUCAAAUACAGAUAUUAAUCAUAAUUCACCUUUAAAUGAUCGCAACAUUCAUUUGGAUACAAUCGCAGCAGCAGUAUCUUUUGCAGAAAAUCAACAAUUGAGACCUACUACGUAUGAAUCAGACGAAGAAAUAGUCGGACAUGAUUCACCAAAUUGGGGCAAAACGAAGAGUGUAGUUGUGUUGCUAACAUGUACAAUUUUAUACACGCUUAUAGCAGAAAUGUUAAUAAGCAAUGUUGAAGUUUUAUCUGCAUCCUCAGAUAAAAAGCUUCUGGGGUUAACAUUAUUUGCAAUAGUUCCAACAUUUACAGAGUUUGUGAACGCAAUGGGAUUUGCAAUAAAUGGAAAUAUCGCACUUAGUAUGGAAAUUGGAUCUGCAUAUGCAUUACAAGUUUGUUUACUACAAAUUCCAGCAAUGGUUUUAUUUUCAGAAAUUUAUAAUCGCGAUAGAAAAAUUGAAAACCAA